UUUGUUGCCCCCCGCUCGAGAAUGGGGGCGGGGCAUCGCUUCGCACAUGCGCACGAGGCGCAGAAAAGGGGGUGGGGCUGAGCUGCGCCGCUGGAUUGAAGCUGCGGCAGCAGGUAAUUACUGGAAAAUGGAUGAUGAUGACUUCGGAGGCUUUGAGGCAGCAGAAACCUUUGAAGGUGGAAACGGGGAACCACAGGCAACAUCUCCUGCUAUUCCCUGGGCAGCAUUUCCUACAGAGGUUCUCCGGGAACAGACUGCAGCCCCAACUUCUGCCUCCUUUGUCCCUGCCAGUCCAUUAACUUCAUCAGGUGAUAUUGUGACAGAUAAUCAACUGUCAUCCGAUGCUUUAAAUCUACCUGAUCUUAAAGAACAGGCUACGUUGUUAAUUGGCUCAUCUUUGGAAGUACCAGUUUCUACUUUGAGUCUGCCUGAAGAUUUAGAAACUGCUCAUGAUGGUGAUGAUAAUGAUGAAACGCUGGAAUUAAAGAAAUCAAAGAAUCAUCUUCAGAAAACACUUGCAAGUCUAGAAGUUAAACUGAAAGUAGCUGAUGAAGAAAAAUGUAAAGUAAAAAAGGAAUUGGAAGACUUGUUGGAAAAAUACAGGAUUCUGGAAACUGAUUUCCUGAAAGACAAGGAGGAUAAAUUAAUUUCACACCAAGAUAGAUACACUAAGCUCCAGGAGAAGCAUAAACAUGAGCUGGAAGACAUGAGAAGAACUGGACAUGAGGCCUUGGCUAUUAUCGUGGAAGAAUUCAAGGCCUUGCUGCAGUCCACGGUUCAGCAGCGAGAAGAGGCUGUUGAAAAACAGUAUGUAUCUGCAAUAGAAAAACAAGCACAUAAGUGUGAAGAACUCCUUAAUGCUCAGCAUCAAAGGCUGCUCGAUAUUCUGAACAAGGAGCGUGAAGCAUUAAAGGAGAAAAUAGAAGAAUCCUUGAUGCAGCAGUCGCAGGAAUAUAAGGAAAUUCUGGAAAAGUGCAUGGCAGAUGAAAGGCAAAGGAAUAGCGAAGCUUUGGCCGCAACUGCAAAGAUUGAAAAAGAAGACGUGCAAGCUGCCGUUCUGAUAGCAGUGAAAGAAGAAAGAGAGAAUCUGGAAAAGCUUCACGCAGAAGAAAAGGAACGUUGGCAAAUCGAGCGAAGCAAAGAUCGCGAAACGAUCGCUCAAGCAGUUGAGGAUUCAAUGCAAGAGCACAGGCAAAGUAGUCAGGAGACUAUAAAGGCAGCAAUCAUGGAGGAGCAAAAGAAAAGUGAAAAAGCCGUAGAAGAAGCUGUGAGGCAAGCAAGAGAAGAACUGAUGGAAUAUAUCAAGGAGCAGAAAAGGCUUGAUCAAGUUAUUCGUCAACGUAGCCUAUCCAGUUUGGAACUGUUCCUUUCAUGUGCACAGAAGCAACUGAAUACUUUAUUACAGGAAGAACCUCCAGCUACAACUGCAGAACAAACUGCCCUUCCCCCUUAAGCUGACUUUAUGAAGCUACCAGUCCAAAUGCUGCAGAUGAUCUCUCUAAGACUUUGGGGAUUUUGUUAUUGAUUCAGGAUCAAUCAGGUGGCCUAAUUAUAGUGGUUGUAUGUAUGAACUCCUUUUGUCAGCUGUGAUCCUUAGUGGCCAUGAAAUUUAAAAAUACAGUCAGAUUAUAUGGGUUACAAUGAUAACCUGGUUUUGUGCAUUUUCAGAAUGGCCCAGGAAUGUUCCUUUAUUUUUUUUCUUAUUUAAUUUUUGAAUGCAAAAAACAGAGCCCUUUCAUUCAGACAGAAGGAUGUCACAUGCUUACUUACAUUCUAUUCUAAUUUUUAAAAUUGUAAAAUGUAGAAAAACAUAUGCUAGUAUAACAUAUUGCCCUUAACCCGUCCCCAUUCUACUUGUGUGCCUUAGAUUACUCUGAUGGGAAAGGGUACGUCCUCUCGUUUUGUAAAACUGUUUAGUUUCAAAAAUUAAUUCCCCAUGCACUCUGAUGAGAAGUAAUAUUAAAGAUGCUGGCAAUUAAGGCAGUUCACAGAAGACACAAGUUUAACAUAAGAGGAUGGCUUUUAUAUUCUUCUUUGGAAGAAUAUAUAUUAUAUUCUUCGGGGGGAAAUGGUGGUUAGCUUGCUGGAAGAUGAUGUUACUGCACAGACAAACAUUCAAGUUGGUAUUUCAAAAAUCUGUUCUUUACUCUUAAUAUUGGCUUUCUCUGUGACUGGGAUCCCUACCCUUAACUAGUCAGUAUCAUAUAGAAGGCAGGAUGAGCACUCUCUCUUAAUGUUCACAGCUGAAAAUUGUCUGCUGCUCAAAAAUAAAGGCAUAAUAAUCAGGUC